AUGUCUCCCAUCACUCCACAGACCCGUCAAACAUAUGAAUACAAGCCUCUACCCAACCCCACCUCUAUCCGACUGCUACGAGUCGACCAGAAAGACCCCGAUGGCUUGAUACAUUGCACCGUCAAAUCCGUCGAUCUGAAAGAUGCGCCUUUGUACCACGCCAUGUCCUACACCUGGGGCAACCGGCACAGCGAACUCGCCCAGGUCCGGGAGACCCGGGACAGGUAUUCAGAGAAAUAUCCCCCAGAGCACAGAGAGGGGAUAUCUCUCAACGGAAAGUUGUUAUACGUCACUCGAAGUGCGUAUGACGCGCUCGUCUCUGUCCCCAAAGACGCAUGGGCGAAAUGCUGCAACCAAGGUAAUCGGAGGAAACUUCUCCGGACGCCGCUUCAUUGGGCGGCUAUUGCCGGGAAGAGGGGACUGAUUGAGCCGCUGCUGUGCUCUGGUGUGGACGUUAAUGUGGGGAGUCUCGAGGGGGUGGAGUUGUUGCUUUCCGCUGGUGCGGACGCGAGGGUUGCGGAUAAUCGGGGUAAUACUCCGCUUGACUAUGCGAGGCAAGGCAAUUACAAGGAGAUCAUCCAGUGUCUGGAGGAGGUCGAUCGGAAAGGAGGGAGACUCGAGCCGCGAGUGGAUUGGCCCGAGGGCCCCGAGAGAUGGUGCUGGAUCGACCAGAUUUGUAUCAACCAGGAUGAUAUCGCCGAGAGGGGGUCGCAGGUUGCUCUCAUGGAUCAGACAUACAGGAACGCAGCCUUUACGCUUGUCUGGCUGGGGCCCGAAGAUUCCUACACCGAUAUGGCCAUUAAGACUAUCGAGAAACUGGAUACCGCUGCAGGAGACUUUAUCCGAAGCACGGAAAUACAACCAUACAGGAAGCAGCCUGAAGAGCUCUACGCUGCUGCAAUGAUUCCCUAUGUUUCGAUGGAAGAGUGGGCUUCCCUCGCGGCCCUCUUUCAGCGUCCCUACUUUAGACGCCUGUGGAUCAUCCCGUGGAAAGCGUUCCAUACAGUGGCACAGCAGAUCUACUUUCGACAAGCGUUGCUGGGUGGCCCGACGUCUACUGCGUUUAUUGAUCCGCAUCGGCCAGUGGCAGCUCUCGAGAGCGAGAUGGUAUAUCUCACUCAGUGGCGGGAGCGCUUGCAGAAGGGCGACAAGGCCACAGUUCCUCGAGAGCUGUCGCUGGAGAAUCUCAUCUUCAACACCUGGACCUUCAACGCGACCGAUCCUCGGGACAAAAUCUUUGGACUUUACGGUCUGCUGCGCGUGGGUGGUACGGUCGAUUGGCACCCGGACUACUCCCAGUGCGUAGGAGAGGUAUUUGCCCGAGCGACCAAGGAGAUCAUCCAGAAGGCAGGCGAGUUGCGCAUUCUGUCCGCUGUUCAUGACAAGUCUCUCCGCAAUAUCGUGGAUCUACCCUCUUGGGUACCGGAUUACAGCGCGAACUUCUGCAAUAUGAUGUGCGCCAAUCAUCAUGCAGCUGGGGAUACGCCAAUGAGAUCCAUCCAGGGUAGCUCCUGGAAUAAACUUCCCGUGACUGGUGUCGAGUUUGACUCGGUUCUAGCCAUAGGAAACACCACCAGCGGACCAGGUCAGAUGUCCAUGUUCUUCGAUCAAAGGUGGCUGGAACUCGCUCUGCUUCUCCCUGUCCCGUACCACACCGGCCAACCGAGAACAGAGGCGCUGUGGCGCACCCUCUGUGCGGACCAGGCGCUUGACGGAUCACUGCCAGCUCCUUCGUCCUACGGGGACAUUUUCAAAGCAAUGGUAUGCAGCCUCGUCUGCGUCAAAGCUGCCGAAACAGCGCGCGCUGCAGAAAAGGAUCCAGAGAAUGUGGUUGAUCUCCUCUCGGCUUCAUACCAUGUUCGGAAGACCUGGUCGAGCCCACCUCUCUCAGAAAUGUCCGCGGAGGAACUCACACGCGCUGUCGCAGACCCGGAGACGAAUCUCAGCCAGCCGGGUCGCCAGACAUUGACUCAUUUGUUGUAUAAGUUGCAGUUUCUUGGAAUUGCUGAAGAGAAUUGCUUUACGCUUUCUAUCGAGGAGGUCGAGAAAGCAUACUAUGGUUCCGCAUGGCAGCCCUGGGAUGAGAGCGAGAUAUUACAGCUUCCCAAAGGGGGACAAGAGCUCUAUAAAGCGUUGAGACGAAAACACGGCCGACGCAGGCUGUUUGUAACUGCCAAUCGGUACCUCGGCUUGGGACCGGCCUCGAUGGCGGUUGGGGAUGAAGUGUGGCUUUUGUCGGGUUCGGGGGCUGCGAUGGUGCUAAGAGGGACUGGGACGGAGGAUGAAUUCCGGCUGGUUGGGGCAGCGUAUGUACAUGGCAUUAUGAAUGGGGAGCACGUUGGAGCUGAUGUGAAGUUGCGAGAUAUUGCUCUAGUAUAA